CUCCGCCGCCGCCGCCGCCGCAGGAGCCGCUCCGAGCAGCGCCCGCCGGGCCGCGCCAGGCCCCCGCAGCCCCCGCCGCCGCCAUGGAGCUGGCGGACGGCGUGGUGUACCAGGAGGACCCCGGCGGGCCCGGCCCCGCCAUGAUGUCGGAGCGGGUGUCGGGGCUGGCGGGCUCCAUCUACCGCGAGUUCGAGCGGCUCAUCGGGCGCUACGACGAGGAGGUGGUGGCCGAGCUGAUGCCGCUGGUGGUGGCCGUGCUGGAGAACCUGGACUCGGUGUGCGCGCACAGCCAGGAGACCAGCGUGGAGCUGGAGCUGCUGCGGGACGACAACGAGCAGCUGCUCACGCAGUACGAGCGGGAGAAGGCGCUGCGCAAACAGGCCGAGGAGAAAUUCAUUGAAUUUGAAGAUUCUCAAGARCAAGAGAAAAAGGACUUACAGACCAGAGUGGAAGCAUUAGAGUCACAAACUCGACAACUUGAACUAAAAGCGAAAAACUAUGCUGAUCAAAUUAGCAGACUUGAGGAGCGGGAGGCAGAACUCAAGAAGGAAUACAAUGCACUUCAUUCGAGACAUACAGAGGUUUUGCUCCAAAAUGAACAACAGCCUCUGCUGAUGAUUCACAAUUAUAUGGAGCACUUGGAAAGAACCAAACUUCAUCAGCUAACAGGGGGUGAUCAGCUAGAAUCCACAACACACAGUAGAAUUAGGAAGGAGCGUCCCAUCUCCCUGGGCAUCUUCCCGUUACCUGCAGGAGAUGCUCUCCUCACGCCCGAGGCUCAGAGGGAGGCGGYGGAAACGCCCGCGGCCGAGCAGUGGAAAUUCCCCGAGCUGAGCCAGCCACGCUCCCACACCAGCCUCAAGGAUGAGCUGUCUGAUGUUAGCCAAGCAGGCUCCAAAUGUACUACUCCAGCAUCCACAGCUGCUUCAGAUGUUCCUGUGCUGCCUGCUGAAACCCCUCAAAAGGAAAAUGCUGAAGGGCUUGCAAAGGACACAGAAAUGUCAAAUGAGAAGCUGGAUGAGAGCAAGAAUAUUGAAGUCCAGGUAGCUCAAGAGACAAGAAAUGUGUGCACUGGGGGAAAUGAAAAUGAAGAAAAAUCUGAAGUUCAGGCAAUCAUUGAGUCAACUCCAGAGUUGGAUAUGGAUAAAGAUCUCAGUGGAUAUAAAGGUUCCAGCACUCCCACCAAAGGCAUCGAGAACAAAGCAUUUGACCGUAACACAGAGUCACUCUUUGAAGAGCUGUCAUCUGCUGGUUCUGGCCUAAUUGGAGAUGUGGAUGAAGGUGCUGAUUUACUGGGAAUGGGGCGUGAGGUUGAAAACCUCAUUUUGGAAAACACUCAGCUGCUGGAGACAAAAAAUGCACUGAAUGUAGUGAAGAACGAUUUAAUAGCAAAGGUGGAUGAAUUGACCUGUGAGAAGGAUGUACUACAAGGUGAAUUAGAGGCUGUAAAACAAGCAAAACAAAAGCUUGAAGAGAAAAAUAAGGAACUGGAAGAAGAGCUGAGAAAAGCUCGUGCAGAAGCAGAGGAAGCAAGACAGAAAGCUAAAGAGGAUGAUGAUAGCGACGUGCCCACGGCGCAGCGGAARCGCUUCACACGCGUGGAGAUGGCGCGGGUGCUGAUGGAGAGGAACCAGUACAAGGAGAGGCUGAUGGAGCUGCARGAGGCUGUGCGAUGGACUGAGAUGAUAAGAGCAUCAAGAGAAAACCCAGCCAUGCAAGAGAAGAAGAGAUCAAGCAUUUGGCAGUUUUUUAGCAGGCUCUUCAGUUCAUCCAGCAAUACAGCAAAGAAACCAGAACCUCCUGUCAACGUUAAAUAUAAUGCUCCAACCUCGCACAUUACCCCGUCAGUCAAGAAAAGAAGCAGCACCUUAUCUCAAUUACCCAGUGACAAAUCUAAAGCCUUUGAAUUCCUCAGUGAAGAAACUGAAGCCAGUUUAGCCUCGCGCCGGGAGCAGAAGAGGGAGCAGUACCGCCAGGUGAAAGCUCAYGUGCAGAAGGAGGAUGGCAGAGUGCAGGCUUUUGGCUGGAGUCUACCUCAGAAGUACAAACAGGUGGCAAAUGGUGGACAGGGUGAAAAUAAGAUGAAGAACUUGCCUGUACCUGUUUACCUGAGACCUUUAGAUGAGAAGGAUACCUCUAUGAAGCUGUGGUGUGCUGUAGGGGUGAACCUGUCAGGAGGGAAGACACGAGAUGGGGGGUCCGUGGUGGGUGCCAGUGUGUUCUACAAUGAUGUGACUGCUGUGGAUGCAGAUGGCAACAAGCAGCAAACWGGAUCCCAGAGCAGCUUAGAUAAACUAGAUCAGGAGCUCAAGGAUCAGCAGAAGGAACUGAAACAUCAGGAGGAAUUAUCCAGUUUAGUUUGGAUCUGUACUAGYACACAUUCUGCUACAAAAGUUAUCAUUAUUGAUGCAAAUCAACCAGGAAAUAUUCUGGACAGUUUCAUUGUUUGCAAUUCYCAUGUGCUUUGUAUUGCCAGCGUGCCAGGGGCGAGGGAAACAGAUUACCCUGCAGGAGAAGAAGGGUCCCAAGAAGCAGAUUCCAGCCAAGUGGACAAGUCCUCUCUGUGUGGCAGCAUGACCAGCAACAGCUCAGCAGAGACUGACAGCCUGCUGGGGGGCAUCACCGUGGUGGGCUGCACUGCUGAGGGGGUUCCAGGAGCUCCUGGGGCUCAGGACACCAAUGGGGCCUCACCUGUGGCAGAGAAACAGUCAGAUAUUGCAACGGAAAGUAAUUCAGUAGAUGAGAACAUUCCAACAGCAGAGGAGGCAACAGAAGCAACAGAAGUCAAUGCAGGGACAGGAGAAGAUGCAGCUGAUAUUGCACAAACUGGAGUCUACACAGAGCAUGUCUUCACAGAUCCCUUGGGAGUGCAGCAUACAGCAGAGGCAUCCCCGGUGUACCAGCCUAAUACUGAGUCAGAGUUAUAUAAAGAUGUUGCAGUUCUGCCCAAUGAGCAAGAUCUAGUGAGAGAAGAAGCACAGAAAAUGAGUAGCCUUUUACCCACCAUGUGGCUUGGAGCACAGAAUGGCUGCCUGUAUGUUCAUUCGUCAGUGGCCCAGUGGAGGAAAUGUGUUCAUGCCAUUAAACUUAAAGAUUCUAUUCUCAGUAUUGUACACGUCAAAGGAAUUGUCCUGGUGGCACUGGCAGAUGGGACACUCGCCAUCUUCCACCGAGGAGUUGAUGGUCAGUGGGAUUUGACAAACUAYCACCUCUUGGACCUGGGCCGGCCGCACCACUCGAUCCGGUGCAUGACAGUGGUACAUGACAAGGUCUGGUGUGGCUACAGGAACAAAAUCUAUGUGGUUCAACCAAAGGCCAUGAAAAUAGAGAAGUCCUUUGACGCCCACCCAAGGAGGGAGAGCCAAGUGAGGCAGCUGGCGUGGGUGGGGGACGGGGUGUGGGUGUCCAUCCGCCUGGACUCCACCCUGCGCCUCUACCACGCCCACACCUACCAGCACCUGCAGGACGUGGACAUUGAGCCCUAUGUAAGCAAAAUGCUUGGUACUGGUAAACUGGGAUUCUCAUUUGUGAGAAUCACAGCUCUUAUGGUGUCUUGUAAUCGUUUAUGGGUAGGAACAGGAAAUGGUGUCAUCAUCUCCAUUCCAUUAACAGAAACUGUAAUCCUCCACCAGGGACGUUUACUGGGGCUGCGGGCCAACAAAGCAGCAGCAGGCUCCGGAAACCGUCCGGGGAGUGUGAUCCGUGUGUAUGGAGAUGAGAACAGUGACAAAGUGACUCCAGGGACAUUCAUCCCCUACUGCUCCAUGGCACACGCACAGCUCUGCUUCCACGGCCACCGGGAUGCUGUCAAAUUCUUUGUUGCAGUACCAGGUCAGGUUGUUUGCCCUCAGAGCAGUGGUGGAACUGAGCUAACAGCUGAUAAACAAGCCCAAGAGUCCUUCAACCAGAGUCCCUUAAAAUCAAUGUUGGUGAUAAGUGGUGGAGAAGGAUACAUUGACUUCAGAAUGGGUGAUGAAGGAGGAGAAUCUGAACUCCUGGGGGAAGCUCUACCACUUGAACCUUCUGUAGCCAAAGCUGAGAGGAGUCACUUGAUAGUGUGGCAAGUCAUGUGUGGCAGUGAGUGAGCCCAUAGGAUGCAGCUGGAGACCUUAAAAACGAAAAAGAAAAAAAUAA